GGCCGUCGAUCGAUAUUCCGGCAUAUCCGCGCACCGGCUCCAACAGCACGGGGGUAUGGAUGACAGUCGCGAGUGGCGAAUUGAUUUUUCCGCAUUUUAGAUACACGGGGCCGCCGGUUGCUGCUGCCGCUGCUGCACUGCUCUUCUCUCUUUCUCUGCUGCAUCCAAUCCAUUCCGAGCUGCCAGCUUUCUGAUCGGAUCCAGCUUUGCCUCGUCUCUGUCUCCUCUCUCUCUCGUUCUCUCUGUUUUGCACACACAUCUACACACACACGACAUCCAUACUGCCAGUUGAACAAGGAAGUAUUUUGGCUAGCAGGAAAGGAAGAGAAACCCAUCAGCCAUCAACAGCCACCGGGAUACACACACACAGUGUACAUCGUUGCUUAUUACGCGCGCGCCCGGGAUCUUCGUGUUUUUACGGCCUGUGAAUCUUUGUGUGGAUAACCGCCAUUGUUUCCUGGAAUAUACUUCUGCUAGUGGUUAUUAAGUCUGCAGAAUACAGUCGUCGUUCUUAACGCUGACAGCCGCGUUCCUGUGCCGGUUUGGAGAAUGCGUAAAUCAUAUAAAAACCGUCGUCGGAUUAUUUUAUGGUCCUGAUAUUUGGCGAAUUACGAUUGUCCCCGGCGACAUCACGGUGCGAUUGGACUGAAUUUGGGGGGAAUCACCUGAUUCAUACUCUUGUUUUUUAUUGUUGAUAAUACUCUAUUUAAAUCGUCACAAUGGGCUGCACGAUGAGCCAGGAGGAGCGUGCGGCGAUGAUGAAGACCAAAGAGAUUGAGAAGCAGCUGAAGGAGGAUGGUAUCCAAGCGGCCAAAGACAUCAAACUCCUACUUUUAGGAGCUGGUGAGUCGGGAAAGAGUACCAUCGUCAAGCAGAUGAAAAUUAUCCACGAGAGUGGCUUCACCGCCGAGGAUUAUCGCCAGUACAAACCGGUGGUCUAUUCCAAUACCAUUCAGUCCAUGGCCGCGAUACUGCGCGCCAUGGCCACCCUUAACAUCCCAUUUGGUGGCGACCGUGAGAAUGACAUGAAAAUGGUGAUGGACAUUAUCACGCGCAUGGAGGACACCGAGCCCUUCUCGGAUGACCUGCUGGCCGCCAUGAAACGCCUGUGGGCUGAUCCCGGCGUCCAGGAAUGCUUCGGACGGUCCAGUGAAUAUCAGCUCAAUGAUUCCGCCAAAUAUUUCCUAGACGAUCUGGAUCGACUGGGACAGAAGGAUUACCAGCCCACCGAACAGGAUAUCCUCCGGACACGGGUCAAAACAACCGGGAUUGUGGAAGUGCAUUUCUCCUUCAAAAACCUUAAUUUCAAAUUGUUUGAUGUGGGCGGGCAGCGUUCUGAGCGGAAGAAAUGGAUUCACUGUUUCGAGGAUGUGACGGCAAUUAUCUUUUGUGUGGCCAUGAGUGAAUAUGAUCAAGUUCUCCAUGAGGAUGAGACAACGAAUCGAAUGCAAGAAUCCCUGAAGCUCUUUGAUUCCAUUUGCAACAACAAAUGGUUCACCGAUACGUCUAUUAUUCUCUUCCUGAACAAAAAGGAUCUAUUUGAGGAGAAAAUCAAAAAGGCCCCCCUCACCGUCUGUUUCCCCGAGUACACUGGAGCACAAGAGUACGGCGAAGCGGCGGCCUACAUUCAAGCUCAGUUCGAAGCCAAAAACAAGAGUCCCAAUAAGGAGAUCUACUGUCACAUGACCUGCGCUACCGAUACGACCAACAUCCAAUUUGUGUUCGACGCCGUCACCGAUGUGAUUAUCGCCAACAAUCUCAAAAAUUGCGGGCUGUACUGAUCACACACCACUGACCUAUACACACACUCAUCUCUUAUGCACACACACAACGGCCGGCGUUGUAAUUUACGGCGCGUGUGCGUGCGUGCGAACCACAGAUUACUCCUUCUAUAUAUUACCUUCUAUUAUCACGCCUGUAUAGCCAGAUUGACCUUAUACCGUUUUAUUUCUACGCCACACUGAAAAGAAACGCCCCCAAAAAAAUGAUCAACUCUCCUCGGAGCAUUUCGUUGUAAAUGGUUCACAUUCCUCUAUGAGAAAGACAGCGGUGUUCAUUUUGUUUACGGAUUUUCUAUGCAUAUUACGCGGAUGACCUUUCAUAUGUGGGUUACCGAUAUCAUAUGUUGCUGUUUGUUUUUAUCGUCGAAACCGAGGAGAAAAUCCAGCGGAUUCCGGGUCCGUCCACCACCUAAUUCAGCUCUUAACACGGACUAUACACAGCCCGAUCUCAUGUUGACCUUUUCGCGCUUAAAACGGAUUAAUCAUCCAACCCGGCUUCAUCCAUGGCUUCAACUGUUGGCUUGUUACGCGCGCGGUUAAAUCACCUUCAUAAACACGGCUCAUGACCUUUAUAUUAUACAUCUUAUAUCCGUGGACGAUGGGGCAAAAACACGAAACCGGUUGUUUGUUUUCUCUCUCUCUUUCUCGUUUUUUGGGAAGUCUAUAUUGCAUGGUGUCUUUUUUUUAAAAACUUGGUGCUUUGUUUUUUGUGUUUCUUUCCCCUUUUUCUUUCGUGAGGUGUGCUAGCACGCGCGUGGAUUGUAAUAUUCGCUGGGAGUUUGGUUGGUGUGUGUCUUCUUUUCUGCCCAGUCUGGCAUGUCGUCGCCGCAUAAUGCGUAAUCAAAAAAUGGCCCACCGCAACUUGUUCACAAAAUGUGGCGUGGAUAUCAGCGAAUGGGGAAUAGUUCGCGUAUAUAUGGAUUAUCCGGUGAUGAUCUGUUGGAUUCUUCGUUUUUUCUCUUUCUUCUAGUCGGACAUAUAAUUGCGUAUAUUGGCUUAAAUGGCGUAAUCUCUUUAUUUUUUCUAAUUUUCUUCAUGGAUAACCUUUUUAUCGAAUGCGUUGAAUAAAAGUUAUAAUAAUUAAUAACAG